AUGAGGCCUGAGGCGGCGGCAGCGCAGGGCAGCCCCGGGCUGGACCCGGCGGCGCUGGAGCAGCUGAAGCAGCGCGCGGCCGAGUGCGUGGAGCAGAACGCGGCGCGGCUGAGCGCGCUGAGCAGCUGCAUCUGGGUGACGGUGCUGGGCACCCCGGCCGAGGAGGAGGGAGGUGGCAAAAUUGACCUGAUCGAGGCCGGGGCCUUUGACGAUGUGGACGUGGUUUUCAUGGCUCACCCAGCACAGGAGGAUGCGGCCUACCUGCCUGAUGUAGCUGAGCACGAUGUAACUGUGAAAUACUAUGGAAAAGCUUCUCAUGCUGCUGCUUAUCCUUGGGAAGGAGUAAAUGCAUUAGAUGCUGCUGUUCUUGCAUACAACAAUCUAUCAGUUUUAAGACAGCAAAUGAAACCUACCUGGAGAGUUCACGGUGUAAUAAAAAAUGGUGGUGUGAAACCUAAUAUCAUCCCUUCUUACUCUGAGCUAGAAUUCUACUUGCGUGCCCCUUCUAUGACGGAGCUCACUGUUCUGACAGAGAAAGCUGAAAACUGUUUCAAAGCUGCAGCGCUGGCCACAGGAUGUAAAGUGGAAAUAAAAGGUGAUGGACAUGAUUACUAUAAUGUGCUUCCCAACAAGACUCUGCAGAAAAUUUACAGAGAAAAUGGAAAAAAGCUUGGAAUGGAAUUUAUUUCAGAAGAAUCUAUUUGCAAUGGCUUGUCAGGUUCCACUGAUUUUGGAAAUGUCUCAUUUGUUGUUCCUGGAAUUCAUCCUUAUUUUUAUAUUGGCUCAGAUGCAUUAAAUCAUACUGAGCAGUUUACUGAAGCUGCAGGGUCAGAAGAAGCUCAGUUCUAUGCUUUGCGCACAGCAAAAGCUUUGGCGAUGACUGCAUUGGAUAUUAUUUUCAAGCCAGACCUUCUGGAAAAAGUUAGAGAAGACUUUAGACAGAUCUUGGAUUGUUAAAGUUUGUCCAAAGCAUUUCACUUGGAGUUUCUUUUCAACAAUGACUAAGCAGCCUGGAGAUGAGUAGGAAAAUCUUUUUUCCUACAUGUAAGUAAAUGUCUUCACAGUAAGUAGCUUGGGGUAUGUUAAUUUGAAAGGCUUUAUAUCUCCAUUAUGCUUGUAUGGUUUUUCUCUUCUGUGAAG